AUGUCGGCCUCCAAUGUGUUGAAAAAGACAUUCCCUCAGGUCGAUGCUGAAGGUCACGACCUGCCCCCUUCCCCUGCUCCGUCGAGCCCUCAUGGGACCAGACGCUACAAUAUUGCGACAGAGCUCGUCUAUACAGAGAGCAAUGACCAGUACAAUGCCAGCAGUGUCCCGAUCUACCAGAGCGCAACCUUCAAGCAGUCAUCACACGAGGGAGGAGGAGAGUAUGACUACACCCGGUCGGGCAAUCCAACUCGCACACAUCUCGAACGACACCUAGCCAAGGUCAUGUCGGCGCAGCGCGCCCUCGUCGUAUCCUCCGGAAUGGCAGCUUUGGAUGUGAUUACUCGUCUUCUCCGGCCCGGUGAUGAGGUUGUCACUGGUGAUGACCUGUAUGGCGGAACUAACCGACUCCUCAAAUACCUCUCGACCAACGGUGGCAUUAUCGUUCACCACGUUGACACGACUAACCCCGAGAAGGUGAAGGAAGUUCUGUCUGAAAAGACCGCCAUGGUGCUCCUGGAGACGCCGACAAACCCGCUCAUCAAGAUCGUUGAUAUCCCUACAAUUGCUACUGCGUCGCACGAAGCCAACCCCGGGGCUCUGGUUAUCGUGGAUAACACCAUGAUGUCCCCGCUUCUGCUCAACCCUCUCGAUCUCGGUGCGGAUAUCGUUUAUGAGAGUGGAACAAAGUAUCUGUCCGGCCACCACGACCUCAUGGCUGGAGUCAUUGCAGUCAACGACGCCAGCCUCGGCGAGCGGCUCUUCUUCCCCAUCAAUGCGUCCGGCUGUGGUCUAUCGCCAUUCGACUCAUGGCUGCUCAUGCGCGGAGUCAAAACACUCAAGGUCCGCAUGGACCAGCAGCAAUCAAACACACAGCGAAUUGCAGAGUUUCUGGAAUCGCACGGAUUCAAGGUCCGCUACCCCGGACUGCGGUCACACCCUCAAUAUGACCUCCACCACUCCAUGUCCCGGGGAUCUGGGGCCGUGCUCUCGUUUGAGACUGGUGAUGUCUCGGUCAGUGAGCGCAUUGUUGCGAACGCGAAGCUGUGGGCUAUUAGCGUUAGUUUUGGCUGUGUCAACAGCUUGAUCAGCUUGCCUUGCCGGAUGAGCCAUGCCAGUAUCGAUGCCAAAACGCGAGCGGAGCGCGCGAUGCCCGAGGAUUUAAUCCGGCUGUGCGUUGGUAUUGAAGACGUAGAUGAUCUCAUUGAUGACCUGCAGCGAGCGCUGGUGCAAGCGGGCGCUGUUAACGUCACUCUCGAUGGCAUUGAAGCGAACACGCCACAGGCGGCGUCUGCAUAG